AUGAAGCGAGCAGGCUCUGGGCGCAUUGCCCGCAAAAUCGGCGCCUUCGACGACGACUCGGGCGACAGCGCAAACAGCUCACAGAACGAAGCACCGAAGCCUGUGUCCGUAGUAAAGCGACCAGCAUUUGGAAAGAACAAGAAGCGCUCGUCACUGCGCAUAUCUUUCGGGCCCGGCGAAUCAGAUGCCAAUGACGGCGACGAGUCGAGCGAUGCUGUCGUCACGCCGAAGAAGUCGAACUUGAGUCGCAUAGCGCUAGAGAAGAGUGCGCAGCUGCGCGCGAGAUCACCACUAGUCCAAGGCGCCGCUGCUUCUGAGGACGAGGGGAGACCGUCGUACAGCAAGGACUAUAUUGCAGAACUGCGGAGCUCCACACCAACGACACCCAAGGAUUUGAAGCCUUCAGUCGAGGAAGAAGACGAGUCACGGGCGCUGGAUAUUGCCUCCAAGUUUGGCACAGUUGCAACCUUACCUGUCGAGACAUCGUCUGCGAUCCCUACCGCCGCCGAGAUUGAAGAGAAGAAAGCGCGACGGAAACGCCUUGCGCAGGAAGAGAAAGCCUACGAAGAUGAGUGCGAGCGACCCUGGGCAUCUGACGACGAGGGAGAAGAUGACUUCCGCAUGAGGCGCAACGAGGUCUCUCUACGACCAAAAGACAAAUGGGGCGAGACUCGUCUCAUCCACGACGACGAGGACAUAGCAGAAGGCUUUGACGAUUUUGUCGAAGACGGUCGAAUAUCACUGGGUCGCAAGUCAGAGCGCGAAGCGCAGCGGAAACGGCGCGCCGACAUGGUCGAGCUUAUCAACGACGCUGAAGGCUCGUCCGAAUCCGACGACUCAGAAGAAGAGCGCAACACAGCGUUUGCAGCCGCUCAAGCGCGCGCCGGCCGGUAUGGACAGAAGAUCGAGGACGAGGAGGAUGGCACUAGGACACCACCCAAGAUCACGCCCCUGCCAGAUUUGAACGAAAUAUUGGAAAGUCUGCAGAUCGAGGUCAAGACGAAGCAGCAGCGCAAGGAUAUGAUACUGAGCAAACUUCAAGAGCUGAAGGAUGACAAAGUCAGGAUCGAGGAACGCAAGAAGUUCCUCCAGGAGCAGCUACAGAAAACGGGCAAGGAGUACGAGAAAAUAAGGGUGGAGUCGGGACUGCCUGCGCUACCAGCGAACGGUGAUGGGAGAUUGAUCACAGAAAGAGGGUUGGAUAGUCUGGGGACAACGCCGCUGGUUGGGAGAUCGAUCGGGCUCGGCCCAAACCUUCUUGAUAUGCUGCCUCUUCUCCUUCGCCUCCUCGCGAUUCUGCCGUGUCCGCUCCAGGCGCAGUCCGCGCAGGCACAUGUUGACCCGGUAUUUGGCGUCGGUGCAGUUCCCUCCUACUUUCCACAGGAAACCACGGGCGUGGCAUUCCUCGAGCGCGGCGACGACUUCUGCGCAACCUGCCUUGCGAUGGGGCGUGAGGUGAUGGAUGGUGUGAGACGUACUCUUCUGGACUUCCUCGGUGUGCAGAUGAGGAUGCAUUGUGGGCGCGUAGUGUUUUUAAACUCGUAG